AUGUGCAUAUGCAUCCAGUUCAUGCGUGACAGGUACACUGGUUCAGGUGCUAUGGUAUCAGUAACUUGCACCCAUGACAGUCACAAGGUCUUUGACAUUGGUCAGAGCACUCCUGAUCCUGUGGAGUUUGACGUGGAAACACAAGCUAGUGCAAGACUGGCCGGGAGGUGCCUUAUGGCCACAUUGUAUCGGCCAGUGCAGUGCUGCUGCCAGAAUCGUGUCCGGGGGAAGGUGGUGGUUGUCACGGGUGCCAGCAGUGGCAUUGGCUUUGCCAUAGCCCAAGACUUGGCCAGUAAAGGGGCUCGUGUGUAUUUGGCAGGCCGCAACAUAAAGACAGGACAGGACACUGUACUUAAACUGUACAAGAAGACUGGCAAUCCAGCCAUCCACUUCCUACAUGUAGAUCUCCAGGAUUUCAGUUCAAUUCAUUCCUUUGUCAAGUCUUUUCUGAAGUGUGAAAAUCAACUUAAUAUACUUGUGAACAAUGCAGCUGUCUUCCACCAUCCUGCUGGCCUGACCACAGACCAAAUUGAAAUCACCUAUCAGACCAACUAUCUUGGUGUGUUCCUCCUCACCAGCCUGCUCCAAAGUGCCAUCCAACAGUCUUCAAACCCUCGCAUUGUAUUUGUGUCAUCAGAGGCACACAAGCUUGUUACCCUACAGGAUUUGGUUGCCUUCAAGCCAAGGCAAUUAAGUCCUCUGACAACUUUUUCAGAUUAUGUGAAGAUUUAUGGCAUAUCAAAACUUGCUUUGCAUCUCUAUUCUCAACACCUUGUUGAGUCACUUCCAGGUGUGUAUAUUGGACUGACUAACCCUGGCAAUGUGUGGACCCCCAUCUACCGCCACUCUUGGAGGUCUUGGAGUUUGAAGCAUGUGCUCAUAAGGCUGUGGUGCUACAUCUUCAUGAGGGAUGCGCAGGAGGGGGCCCAGUCCACCAUACAUGCCCUCAAUGCCCAAAAUCCACACAGUGGACAAUACAUUAAUAGUUUCAUGGUUGGUGAAGAAAAGCAGCCGUAUGAUUCAUCACUGGUGCAGAGGCUGGUAGCUGACUCUGUCUUCCUCACAGGCUUGCCUGCCACAAGCUGCUGUGGUGACAGGUGUUGAUGGAAGUUAAGUUUUAAGUUUCAUGGGCAUUAUGGUGGUGAAGAAAAUACUUGAGGAAUUAUCUUGCUAGAAUGUUUGUUACAAUCUAGCAUUAUAGAUUGUGAUUAUUUUUGUAACAUUAUGUAGAAAUAUGUGAUAUAAUGAAGUAUUUUGUUUUAUAACUGUAUUUUGGGUAUUUUGUCUACUUUGUUCCUUAUCUUGAGCAAAUUAAUAUUGCUUUAAAUGUGAACCUUUUGUACUAGUUGGUAAGCACAGAACAUAUUUUCCUUUCUCUAUUUGUUAGCUGUUUGUGUAUUUUCUGUGAUGGUUUGUUGGCAAGACACUCAAUGUGCAUCAACUUUUAAGUAAAUGAUAGUAUGCCUGUUAUUCUUCAUUCCAUUAUUGAUUUUAAUGCUCCUGUAACUAAUUUUACCAUGUGUAAAAAGGGUAAAUGUUAAUGAAAGUUUGUAUUAUUUUCAUGUGCCAAACUAAGAACAAUAAAGUACAAGUAACUUGCAGGCAUGAGAACAUUUAAUGUUACUGGUUUUGGGGAGGUGGAGGUUGUAGGGCAACAUUCCUACACUGGUCAGGCACGCCCCCGUGAACAGGCAAAGAUAGGCGUCAGCCUCCAAGAAGUUUGUUGUUCUUGUGAGAUGGAGCUGCUGGAUUCCAGGUACAUGAGCAGCAAGGCCUUUGAGUCCCAUGUCCUAGGAGAUGCUAUGAGUGCCCUGGACCGUGCUCUGGAGACAUCCUUUUUCUUGAUGACAAAUGAUGAGAUUGCAAGAGUUGUUGUGUGUCUGCCUGGCAAGUUGGUAAAUGUGUCAGAGGAUGUCAGUUUUAAGUGCACUGCCCACCUAAGGAUUGAAGAGAAUAGCAGGCCUGUCUAUGAACUGACUCCAGCUGACAAGUUGGGUAUAGCAGUGAAAUAUAAAAACAUUGGUGUUUCUCUCUAUAAGGAAGGGUUGUUGCACAAACAGACUUUAGCUUUUUUUGUGUUCAGUGAUGCUGUGAAAUGGCUGUGCAUGAUACCACCUGAUGAGGCUGAGGAUUUAUUCCAAGAAGUGAUGACAAUAAAGAUGCAGUGUUAUAACAAUAUUGCACUGUUUCAUUUGCAGCAGCAUAAUUAUAACCUUUGUGUUGUGGCAGCCACAAUCUUGCUGAAUGUUGAUGAAGGGAAUGUGAAGGCUUUGUAUCGCAGAGCCGUGGCCAACACCGAAAUGCAGAAUUAUGAACUGGCUGCAGAGGAUCUGAGGGCUGCCCUGCUCUUGGAUCCCAACAACAAGUCUCUGAAGAGACAACAGGACAUGAUCAAAAGGAAGCAGAAAGACCUUACAGAUAAAUAUGCUGUUGCAAUGAAAAAGAUGUUUUCCUGAUCAGUUUUCAAUGUAAUAACUUUUUGAUGUACAGUAUUACUUGCUGGAGAACCUGCCGGCACUCAUCAGAGUAUUAAUUAUCAAAAAGUUGUUAUAUUGUUGCAACAAAUUGUAUUAAACAAGUUUAUACAUUUAGAGCGAAACUUGACAAUUAAGGCAAAAUGGAAUGACAAACUUGAA